AUGAACGGCACCGGCCUCUACGACAACUUGGAGAAAUACCAGCUUCCGACGCCCGAGUCCGUCUUCACCUUGGACUAUUUCAAAGAGAAGCCUCAGCCAUUUUGUGACCUUGCCAAGGAGCUCCUUCCCGGGAAGUACGUGCCCACGCUGACCCACUGCUUCAUCCGGCUGCUAGAGGAGAAGGGUCUGCUGUUGCGGCUGUUCACCCAGAACAUCGACGGUCUGGAGCGCGUCUGCGGCAUUUCACCGGAGCUCCUCGUCGAAGCCCACGGGUCCUUUGCCAACGCGCACUGCGUGGAGUGCCGUCAGCAGCACGACGUGCUCCGAUGGCGCGACUGCAUUGAGCGCAACGAGCUGCCACGCUGCCCGGCCACGCGGAUGCUGCCGGAGCCUCCACCGAAGCCGACCGAGGCGGAGAUGGAGGAGGUCAAGAAAGAGCUCGAGACUCUUCCUGCGCUGCGGGCGGAGGCUUGGAAGACGACGGACUUCACGGAGCUCACCAACAUCGGCCUUAAAGAAGCAAACCUGAAGUCGAAGUUGGCGGACAUGGAGAAGUGGGCAGCGGAAGCGGAUGCCAAGCACGAGGAGUGGGAGAAGGGGCCCAAGACCUUCCAGUGCGGGGGCCUCAUCAAACCAGACAUCGUCUUCUUCGGCGAGGGCUUGCCAGCACGGUUCACCUACCUGGCCGAGCGGGACGGCCGCAGCUGCGACUUACUGUUGGUGCUGGGCACUUCACUGAAGGUGAUGCCUUUUGCAGGGCUUCUGGGGAAGGUCCCCGCCCUGUGCCCCCGGCUCCUCAUCAACCGAGAGGCAGUGGGCUUGCACAACCAAGAAGACCCGCCGCUGUUCUUCGGCAACAUCGGCUUCCGCUUUGACGAGGCCGAGAACUACCGGGAUGUGCACAUCGCAGACGACUGCGACGCUGGCAUCUUGGGUUAG